GCUGUAAGCUCUGGUGUGGGCUAUCACGGUACCUGCUCCUUACCGUAUAAUUGGCUAGCUAGUAUAUAUGUGCACCUACUGCCUAGAGAGGGCUUUUUCUGAAUAUAAAUAUCCUCCCGAUUCUCCCAUCAUAGGAGCCCUAAUGGCCGCGCCCGUUAACGACGUCCCUUUCAAACGCACGGAUGCCCUCAAUGACGAGCGUCUCACGCAUACAUCCGACUAUAGUACCAAUCUAAACCCAUUAUUGACUGCGCCGCAAAACGACCACGAGAUCAUCGACCAUAUUCCAGGCGAGCCGACCAUACCAUUCAGGGAGAAUGAAAUCUUCCUACAGAAGGAGCUCACCACCCCAGUCUUGGAUGAGCUUUUCGAUAUCUUGUGGCUAGUUGCAAAGGAAUCUAGCAGCAAUAUCGAUGCCCUCCACAGGCAGAUUAUCAAGGGCAGAGACAUUGUGCCAACGGAAGACCCGAAACUUCACCUUAUAUGGCAGGAAAAGCGAAUAUUCAUAAAACCAAUACCUCUCUGCUUACUCAAUCACGACUUCUGGAGCAUUGUUUUUUGCACGAACUCGAACACGGCGUCAAGAAUAACUUCUACCUCCGGUUCGCAGUCGGCUGGAGAGCGAUCGUCCGCGCCGGUGUCCGCGCCGAGCUCUUACAGAGCCGCUGCGUCAGGAUUCCUGCGAUCUUACGCUCUCCUUAUCCAACAUCGUUCGGACUUUCGGCUCGCAAAAGAAUAUCAUCUCAUCCCGGAGGACGUCAACUGGGCCAAAUGGUGCAAGUUUAUUGCCGGCUUUCGCGACCUUCCCGAUAAAGAGGUUGCGAAACGCUAUUCAUACGGUCAGCUUCGCCUCACACGACUGAACUGGGCUACCCGCAUAUUUUGUCCUAAAAGCGCUGUGACCUGUUGGUUCUACGAGGAGCCUUAUUGGUCGACUUUGCCUUACAUUCGGGACGCUGCAGUACCACUGGCUUUCAUCUUCGCCAGUGUAUCGCUCAUUCUAUCAUCAAUGCAAGUCAUGCUUGCUGUUCCCACUCAGCGCCUAUUCUCCAAGGGUUUUUUCAGGCUUGUGCUUGGCGCUGUUAGCCCUAAUUCCUUUGAUUGUAAUCGUUUGUCAGCUGUCUUGGGCGAUUUUCCACAGGAAGAAGAAAGUAACAGGCGAAGUUCCUGCGGAUGCGACGCAAGGGCCUGAAUUAGCAUGAAGCCUCCCAUCUCUCUGCGCUCUAUUCCAAGUCCUUAUCUGCCUUGCGUUUUACUGUUAGGAGAGCUUUGAUACUACGGUUGGCCCGACAUCUGUCUCGUUCUAGAUCGCGCUUCCAGUUGCUAUCGCAUACUAACUAGUUGACCGGACCGCUUCCAUGUCUAGUGCCCACUGUUUGGGGCCGGAUGCCGCCUAACCUCAGAUAUAACGAGACGUUCUCCAUUAUAGAAGGGAUAGGCUGGCUAGGGUUUGGGUUAGAGGUAGUACUUUCCCCCCGGGGGGGCUAUUUUCUCGAUUUUAUGUAUUUAUUCUAUAAUAUAUAUAUAUAUCUA